CGUGAUUCAUUCUUCCUUGGUUUUAUCGUAAAUGAGUGUUUUUAAAUGUUAGUGGUAGAAGCAAAUAUUUUAUUAACUGAACGGAUAAUUUAUUAUUGAUCUGUGUAAAUGAAAUACUGUAGCAACAAAUUUAUUUGAAGAUGUUAAAUACCUUAUGACUAACCUUUUGACUAUACAAAGUUAAACCUGCAGUACCUCUUCAUAACAUGAAGUUCGUGUGGCCCAUCUUUCGUGUUAUGAUGACUAAGCAAUAUUUGUGCUUUGUUGCACUAGAACUGCAAGAAACUUCGCUCUGAAAGCGGGCGAGAAUUUAACAAUGCCUCCAGAAGGUAAAAAAGGCGACAGAAAAAACGGUCAUGGUAGUCAGGCACCACUCUCCCCAGGGCCUGUACUUGAUAUCAGUGAUGAUGAGCUAGUUUCAAUCUCUGUUCGAGAUCUCAAUCGCCAGCUGAAGAUGAGAGGAUUGACUAGGGAUGAAAUAGUUCGCAUGAAACAACGAAGACGAACUCUUAAAAACAGAGGAUAUGCAGCAAGCUGUCGUAUAAAACGAAUCGAACAGAAGGAUGAACUGGAGACAGAGAAGUCACAAGAAUAUAGAGAUAUGGAAGCUAUGCAGGAUGAUAACAACAGGAUGAAAGAUGAAGUUGAAGCUCUAUAUGCCAAAUAUGAAGCACUGAAAAAAUUUGCAGCUCUUAAGAAAAUACCAAUACCACCAGAAAUGGAGGCAAUAAAUUGAAAUUUCUGCUUGAAAUGAAAACUGUAUUUAUUCUACAAUGAAUGUUUGGAAUGGCCCAUAUUUUUAUAUAGGGCUGGAAUUACUUGAAGCUAGGGCUAUGAAAUGUUUCCAUGUGAGCAAGAACAUGUUAUCAUCUUGACGCUACAUUGUUGUUUCUGCCAUGCUACCCACAACAAAAUGCUCUUUUUACAUGGAUGAGUAAAGUUUUCCAAGACAUUCUAUACCAUUUGGCAUCCCUAGUUGGUUGUGAAGUUCAUGUAUUGCACAUACAGAUCUGCUGUUCAUAGAUAAGUGGCAGGUCUAAAAUUUUAUGCUAACAAAGCUAAUCAGCAAUAAGGAUAUUCCACUGCAUUCAGGCAGAGUAUUCUGAUUUACUUACCAAUUCAUUAACUGUAGGUCAAGGUCUGUGAAAUACUAGUUUGAAAUAUAAAUCAACAAUGCCUAAAGUA